GCCUCAGUGUUGAUUAGGGUGUAUUGUACACCUCACCCGGCUCGAGCUCAUUCAAGCAGGCAGCUUUGGUAGGCUUGACGUUUCACAAGGGCCCAUACGUGGUUGGCAUUGUAGGGUAAUUGCCCAAAUAAUGGCAUUAAGCGGAUUCCAAAUUACUACGAUUUACCAGUGACUCAAAAAAAACCUUUGAAUAGCUGCAUUUGUUUAUACAACUGUUGUUCAGAUGGAAUGAAAUUUGAAACCAUAGCGAAGAAAUCGUGUCCAUUUUCUGGAUAAAGUUCUGCCGGCCAUCUGACCGUGUAUAUUUCAUUUUUUGAGGGAAUACAUUUUCAUUCUUUUCUGGUGUUGGAUUGUGAAAUUUCAUUUUGUCUUUGGACACAUAUUGGAGAAACCUUAAAUUACUCAAGCUAUUUAAAUUUCCAGCUGGAAUGUUUAAAUAAUUAUUUUUCUGCGGGAAUAUAUUGUGUCUUUGGAGAAAAAGAGUGCAAUUAGUUUUUUUUUCUUCUGCCGGUAAUGGGUUUCUAACUGCCGUUACGGACACUAAAAUCUGGGUAAUACUACCGCAGUAAAGGCCUAUUCCCCAACCUGAUUGCGAAUUGAUUUUUUGACAACAGCAGGAAUUCCAAACAUAUUUUGGGAUCGAUUUUGCUUUCCCGUUGGAAAUACAGGAGAUGGCUUUUGGAGAUUGGGAAGAAGGACUACCUUUGCUCAGGUCGGGAUGAAACCUUCGUUGCUCCGUAAUGGUUAGUUCACAAACAUCUCAGAGCCAUCUUGAGCUUAAUUCGCAGACGAUGACGGAAGUAAGUAACACAAAUAAUGAUAUCCGGGAUUCCUCCAGACCUCUUGGCAAGCCGCCAGUUGGAAAGCAUCGUCCUGUUCAAGAAAACGAAAAUGAUCCGAUGACCACCCUUGUUAAGGGCGACUUAAAGAAAGUGUCUGUUUCCCCCCGUGUUGAGUUGAUGUUAAACAAUGAGCUCUUCAAGAAGUAUCUCAAUAAGCACGGUAAUUUACUGGAGAAAAUUGCUCAAAGGCAAGGGCGAAGCAGGGGAACAUUGAAAAAGGCUUUCUCCAACCUUGACCUUUCCAAAAUUGAUCUCGAGGAAGAACUCCAGUCAACAAAUAACUUGACUAGUCCUUCUAAACCAGUGAAGGAGGAUAAUAAAGAAAACGAGAUUAGCGGAAAUGACUCUGAAUGUUCAGUAUCUAUGCAGUCUCAAAACCCAGCAGCAAUAAGGGCAAGAAGGUCAUUGUCUCUGACGGGUACCAGUGAUCCCAAUUUCAAUGAUAUACAAGUAGCUUUGAAAUUAAAUGACGAAAAGACAUAUGGUCGGACAAAAACUAGGCGUUCAAAGUUUGUUAUUCCAAGUUUUGAAGACUUUAAACGAUCUCGUAAAGAAAAAUUGAAAAAAGGACAAGAAUAUGUAAAAGAUGUGCUCCGAAACAAAGAAAAAAUACCACAGUCUUUCAUGAAGAAUUUGGACAAGUGUGCAUCGACGGUGACGUCAUCUAGACGAUUACCCAAGGAACCUAGCUCCUGUGUAAGCCCUACGCAAAAACAAAGGGUCUCAACUAAUGACAUCUCGAAUGAAAGUGUUGAAGUUUUUACAACAAGCAGUAAUGUUGAAAAUUCAUUUGAAUCAAAACACGAGAAAAUAGUACAUGAAGCUAUAAACCAGGGGUCAAGAUCGCAAGAAAGAGUUCACAGAAAAUUACCAAGUAUAGAAAAAUUGACAUUAAAUGAUGAUAACAAAUCUAGUCAGCAGGACUUUCAUCCUGGCGGAGAAACUCAGAAAGAAGAUAACGAAGAAGUUGAUAAUACUCAAGUAUCAAAGCUUGUGACAAGGAAAGAAAGGUUAAAGUCGAGUGAAUCAUUUUGCACAAGAACACCAGAAGUUUCCAUCCAAUCACCAAGGCGUUCUAAAAGUUUACGAACACCGGGAAGAGAUGAUAAAUUAACACCAUCCAAGUCAUUCUCGGAGGAUGUUGAUCCACUGGAACUUUCCACGGAUGGAAAUACUGUGUAUGCUACACUAAACAUAUUUUCCACAGACAUCGAAUUGGCAGCUCAUGCUACAGAUACAGAGGAGGAGGAAGAACAAGGGAUCCGCUCAAAAAGUAAAGAUAAACUCGAAAAUCAUUGUAAUUGUUGCAUCCAGAAAACAAGUGAUAUUUGUGAUGAGGAUCCAUCUCCGAAACCUGCUAGUGCAAUAAACCCCCAAACAGUUUCUAGUCCAAAAGAAACCAAUCCUUCUAACAAAGCACUUGUCCUUGGCAACAAGAACGGCUCCAAUAGUCGAAUCAUUCUUCGAGCGGCACGUAAACGUAAACUGCCAACCAAACAAAGAAAGUCCAGAUCAGAUGUAAUGAACCAAGGAGCAAACAAAGGGCUUCCGACUGUGAGGUCACAUCCAAAACUCACGUCUUCACUGUCCGUUGACACAGUGACCCACUCUCGUGAACAGAAACUUGAUGCAAAGAAACCGGAACCAAUCCAUCUCCCAUUAAACAGGUCUCACAGCUGUGAAAUGUUUAACUUUAACAACUUUAGUCCAUUCUCUCCAGGAGCGUUUUCUUUUCCUAACAGUCCUAGCGAUCUUGCUUCUUUCAGCUUUCCCUCGACGGAUAGCUCGAACCAUGGGUCGGAGAUUGAUAUAUGUACCACUGAGCCAGGGUGUAACUGUGAAUCUGUCGACAUGUUCCAAUCGGACUCCAAGCUGGUCGUGUCCCGCUCUACUUCUGACGUCACGACAGAUUCUCAGAGAAAACGGCGGGAAAGGAAACAGCGACCUUACAAAAGUGAUCCCUUCAAUGGCUCAUCGAGACGAAUUGACAAUAAGCUUCACCAAAACUUAAUGAAGAAUAAUUUUCUAAUUCCUAAAGAAGAAGACUGUACGAACAGUAGGAGUGAGUUUUGCAUAGAAGAUACAGAAGAACGGAACUUUUUUGGAAAGGACCCUUACCGAAAGAUAAACCAUCGUCUGAGUAACAUCAGUGACGUCAGCACAGAUAGUGGCGUCAUUGGUCCGGAUAGUAUCCCGGAUGCUCCACCCAGUCCUUCUAGUAGUAUCUUCAGUCAAACUAGUCUGUUUGAAACAUCAGAGGGUCAGACAUGUACUGAUGCAGACGAGAAGAGCUUUGGAGACCCCGAAUACAAUCAAGAGAAACAUGAAAAAGAGCGCAGAGAAACCAUACUGGAAAUCAGGGACACAGAAAUCAAUUACGGAAGGGAUCUUAAAAUCUUAAAAGAGGAAUUUUACAAACCCAUGAAAAAUAAUGGUCUAUUGACGUGUGAACAGCUUGAUGUUAUAUUUCAAAACCUGGAGGAGCUAAUUGAGGUCAACAAGCAAUUCACAGAUCGUCUUCAGCAGACUGUAGAAGCCGCCAUUGUUGCAGGGGAUGAGCUUCUUUCAACGGUUGUCAUUGGCGACUUGUUCUUGAAGUCAACCAACUUGAUCUACACAUUCGAACACUACUGCAUAAAUCAGAGCCUGGCGAUGAUCUUACUUGAGCAACUUGAGAGAGAAAAGGACAUUUUGCGAAUCUUUUUAAAAGUGUGCCAAGACGAACAUCCCAUUUUGAGGAGAAUGCAUCUGAAGUCAUUUUUGAUGGUUCCCGUACAAAGAAUUAUGAAGUAUCCUUUGUUGCUUGAACGCUUGCACCGAGCGACCUCCCCCAACCACCACGACAGAGAGGCCAUAAUGAACGCAAAAACGAAAAUUGAGAAAAUUCUGGAACAGAUUAACUCGAAAACACGAACAGUUAGCCAGAUUCGAUCAAUAAAAAGAAAGUCAACCGAAAAGAAAUACACAGUGACUGAGAAAAUCGAAGUAACAAGGGUCGCUAUGGAAGUUUUGGGGUGGCAUAAACAAGAUGUCUGUGACAUUCUUACGAGCCAGAUGCAGGUAGCUCCAUUGCUCAGCGAUCAGAACUGGGCAACAAAGCGUCUACGCAACAUCAAGUUCACUUCCGUUCAUGCAGUCCUCUUGACGCUUGGACAGGAAAUUGAAGAAGAUAUGGGAGAACUUCUUCAUGCCGAAGAAGAAUGUUUGCUGUUUCCAAAAAGAAGUCAAGUUAUACAGGCUGCUAUAGUAUUAAUUAAAGAGAAAAACGGAAAAUUUCAAACUUUUCGAGAACCUUUUCUGCUUAACCGUUGCAUUAUCAACGUUGACAGAGAGAUGGACGACAUUUUUGAGGUCAUGGAACUGAAUAAAGAAUCUUGCUUAUUCAAGAGCGAGGACUCCAAUCUUUUCAAACUUUGGCUUCAAAACGUGAAGCAACAGACUUUGGAUUUGGGGGCGUGGAGAAAACGCCGAAAUGCAUUGCCCAAUAUUAUGAUCAAGCAUUUGGUGUGAUCAACGGUAAACAAAAAAAUAAAUUGUUGAUUUACCAUUCCUCAAAGGUGAUCUCAGGCUUCGUGCAAAAUUUUUUCGCACAUGCUUAAGCCUCUUCAUAUCCAGCUACACACUUGUCACGUUUUUUGUAAUGUGACACCGCCACAUUGUAGCGAAAGAUGCUAACUGCAAUACGUUGCGUAGAUGUCAUCUGCAGAAAAUUGCGCCGUUUUGGAAUCAGAGUCACGUGUUUUGGAGGACGAAAGCAGACGACACACGUUAUCAUAAUCAUGUGUAUUCCAAGGUUAACUACGACACUUAGAACUUCGUUGACAGGCGAUAAUAAGCCACCUGUCCAUACUCAAGAUUGUUUGAUUGUGAAUACCUUUUUUUUCUCUCGCCCGAAAGUGCCAUUGAAACUGUGAUAUUGAUGUUUCGUUAUUUGAUGACAAUCAGUUUUGUUAACAAUGUGCUAAAUUCUUUAACUUGAGAUUCUAUGGCGUGGAUCUAGUUUAUUCAUGUACAUAUUACCCUGUUGUUUCACUGUUUCUUGUGUAGAAAAAAAUGUUCACUGUUGCAAAGGGUGAAAUUACAUGGUUGUUAAUGCAUUAACAGAUUGCGCUCUUUAAUGUCUGUUAAUAAAUGUCUGUGAUAAAUUGUAAUAAUAACUGGUGCUUAUAUGGUUACUUGUAAGAUAAGGUAGUGGUUUUUUCCAGUUGUGAUAUUUCCUCUAUCGGAAUAAAAUACUAAUAUCUAGGUAUUUUUCUUUAAAAAAAAUUAACGUUAUUUUCUAUAUGCCUUUCAAUAUUCAUUUUGAUUGCAAAAAAAAAAAUGAUUUUGCUCAUCAUCGUUAUUCAUAUUGCUUGUUUAAUUUAAUUUUCUUACAUUUAAAACCAUUUUGGUAAUAAUCCUCUUAUUGAAAAGAUCAUUCUAUUUCUUACAUAAAGAGUUUACUGUUCGCAGCAUCUGUUCGCACAAGUAAGUAUAUAUGUAUUAUUGAAUUGUUUGCUCAGUUAUUGAGAAUAAAAUGAAAUUGAAAAUCAAUCCA